AGCUGCCCAGGAAGUGGAAACGAGUUCAGCAGACGACGUCUCGGCAUUAUGUUCCAUCAAUUUUUAUUAUGGCUUUGAAAUAUGCACCUUAUUUCUCCAGUUUUUGAAUACUUUGUUGUUUUUCGGUUCCCUGUCCCCUUUGGCUCCGCUUUCCUGCAAAAGAAGUAUACAGCCAUCACAGAUACUUCAGGCAUCUGUUACAUUAACGUGGCCAUUCAAUGCCUAAUACAUCAGAAGGUCAAGGAGCAAACCUCUCAGGGCCAGCAGAACCAUCGGGGCAGCAACGGCCCACAGAUGGGGGGGAGGAACACGGUCUGAUGAGCUCAAUCAUCCGAGAUGCUGCCAGAGUGAGAAGGGCUUCGAGCGCUGAGCUGCACCUGCCCUGGACCUGCCCCGUCACACACUCCCGCGAGAAGUUUUACACAGUCUGCUCAGAUUAUGCUCUCCUCAACCAGGCAGCCUCUGUGUACAGACCCCCAAACACAGCCAGGGACCGGGUGACUGGGGAUGGCCCAUCACUGCUGAAGUCCAAACCCUCAACUGACUUCAGCGCUGGUCAGUCUGGAGGGACCAAUGCAGGAUCAGACGGGGACUGUGACAUGAUGGAGGUGUCAUCUGGAAACACUAAGCCUAUUUUGGCGUGGGAGAUUGAUACCACAGACUUCAAUGCUGUGCUCACAAGAAAAACAAGAACAAGCAAUGUGAAGAAAAGCAUGACCAAAAAGAUGAAAUCUUCAGACAGAAUCAGCAGAAAUCUGCAGGACGUCCCUUCUCAUGCCACGCUGGAGGAGAUCAAACAGAGAAAAGUCCUCGACCUCAGAAGAUGGUACUGCAUCAGUCGACCACAGUACAAGACUUCCUGUGGGAUCUCCUCUUUGGUUUCCUGCUGGAAUUUCCUCUACAGCACUCUGGGUGCAGGGAGCCUUCCACCCAUCUCUCAGGAGGAGGCUUUGCAUAUUCUGGGUUUUCAGCCACCUUUUGAAGAAAUCAAGUUUGGUCCUUUCACUGGAAAUGCUACUCUGAUGCGGUGGUUCAGACAAAUCAAUGAUAAUUUUCGAGUGCGAGGUUGUUCGUACAUUCUGUACAAACCACAUGGAAAACACAAGACCGCAGGAGAGACGGCUGAAGGAGCGCUGAUGAAACUGACACAGGGGCUGAAGGAUGAGUCGAUGGCCUACAUUUACCACUGUCAGAACCAUUACUUCUGCCCAGUGGGCUUUGAGGCUACGCCGCUUAAAGCAGCAAAGGCUUACAGAGGCCCUUUACCCACAAAUGAGAUGGAGUACUGGAUCCUGAUUGGUGAGCCCAGUCGGAAACAUCCAGCUAUCCACUGUAAAAAAUGGAUGGACAUUGUGACUGAUCUGAACACACAAAACCCAGAAUACCUGGACAUCCGUCACACAGAGAGGGGCCUCCAGCGCCGCAAAACCAAAAAGGUGGGGGGAAACCUGCACUGCAUCAUGGCGUUUCAGAGGGUGAACUGGCAGAAGCUCGGUCCCUGGGCUUUAAAUCUGGAGAACCUGCGGCAUGACUACCACAGCACGGAGCAAGCCCAUGCCUCAGACGACGCAGAGGACAGGAUUUCAUCGAAGCGCCUCGCCAAUCUGGGACGCUCCCACAGCAUGGGCAGUCAGAAAGACAGCAGCUGGAAACGUCAGUCCAACACGGCAGAGUACAGACAGAGGAGUUCACCUGACAGCGACUUAGAGGAAGACAUCACAGACUGA